UCUCAUCCUGUAAAAUUCAGAACUCUCUCUCUCUCUCUCUCUCUCUAAAUAGAACACUGACUUUAUUGAUUAGAGAAAAGAAUACUAUCUAAUGGGUAUAAUCACUACCUCUACUCCUAUAUAUAUAUAUACACAAUCUAAUACAAGCUAAAAAAAAAAAAAAACUAACUCCCUAAUUGGAGGGAAAAUCUGUUACAACAGAAUCAGAACUAAUUUGCACACGUGUUUAUCACCAAAUCAGCUCCCUAACCUCCUAAUCUACGUGGCAUUGAUUCAAUCAGGACCAUUAGAUCUUCCUUUACCAAUUCUGAUUCUGCAACAGCUGUUUGAUCAAUGCCUCUUGUCACGAUUUCAUCUUGAACCUUUCCCUGAUGCUGAGAGCUACUUUGAUUGACAGAAUGCAGCUUACCUUGAUGCAGAGAAUCACUCUGCCUUUUAGUUUCAACACACAUCCUAAUUGGUUCAAGCAUUCUGAAGCUCCCAACAAAUUCUAUUUUCUUAGCUUAGGUUGAUUAUAGCGUGACAGCUACUGAUACAAGAGUACUGAAAUGUGUUACCCUGCUUCGUUUUAGAUAAUAAGAUGGCUUAGAAAGAAACUUAGCUAUAUAACCUUCAAUUCGCGCUAGUUCAAUUUUUAAGAAAAUGGCCCCAGGUCAAUAAAAUUCUUUUUGUGAAGGAAAAUCGUAAACAAAGUGCUGUAAAUUGCCUCAAAAUUUAGUGAAUCACGUGUUGAAAAGUGUGAAAACAAAGAGGUACAGUAUAGUUCAUAUUUCUCACGUAAAGGUGGUAAUCGUACAUCACUAAGAGAGUAAUGAAUUGUAGUUGGAUCCUUAAGUGCUUUGAUGAUGAAAUCAAUUUGUAUCAUAGCGUUAAGUGUCCGCAAUAUGACUGAAAAAUAGCAUUUAGUUGGAAAAUUGCCAUUGUAAUUUGUGCAGUUCGUUGGCAUAUAUCUUGAAUAAGGGAAAAUUUACAUUGGUUUAAUGGAAGAUGUUCAAGAAUUUCUUACCAGAUAUUAUAGACACCCCAUUUUGUUCCUAACUAUACCUGAAACACCCCCCCCCCCCCCCCCCCCCCCCCCCGCGCGGCGAUCCUAAUGAUGAGACAAUUUUUCCCUACCAAAAUUAUCAGAAUUGUGUAUUGAGUCCAAUGAGGAUACAAACCCUAAAAGUGACCCAAUAUAGUCCAAGCUCAAACCCAACUAUGAACCACAAACUAAACCCAAAUCCCAAAAACCCAUUUUUGACCUAUUUAGCCGAGGCUUACAAAAGAUGUGUAUGUGCGUAUAUAAUGUGUACGCACCCAAUCUAUGGCAUACGCACCUUCUAGACAAAAAGCCUAAAAUUACUCCAUUUUCAUUUUGGUGAGAUUCUAGAUCAACCAACUUGAUCAACUGGCUGCCCAAACGUCCCGUCGAACCCUAGACCCUCAUUUCCCCUAUAAAUACUCCCGCUUUCAUCAACCAAAGGGUUAAAUACUUUUUGCCUACUGAAACUCUCUCAAAAUCCCCUCAACAUAUCUAAACUAAGAGUUUUUGGCUAGGAGAGCAGAAAAGGGUGAGGAUUAGGUUGAUUUUCAGCCAUCUUUAGUUAGAAAAUAAUCUCUUGCUCACUUGUGAUCAAACUUCUAGUUGGUCCAAUCUUGCUAGCACACAUUUUUUAGGGUUAUUCAGCCACCCUAAUCGAAUCGUUCAACUCAUCCUCCCACACACACAGUUGCGGUAGUUGAUUUGAGUCGAGGGGCCGGUCAAAAUAACAUCACUAUAAGUGCUACAAGAAGAUGUGGAUAUUUCCUAUGAUGCACACUCUUCUCCUUGAUUCUUGUUUCAUUUAUGUUCUUUCUUUUUUUUAGUCUUUCAAUAUGUUAUCUUGUGCAGAAUAAUCUGCUUUGUGCCUUUUUUAUUUAUUUAUUUGUUUUGUUUUUGCUAAAAACAUGUUGGAACCCUAAUUUGCUUUAGGGUGCGUAUGCGUUUGGUAAGAUUUGUUCACAUCCAUGUUCAUGCAUAUGCAUCCUUUGAAUGGCUAGGUUUCAUGUUUUGUUCAUCUAGCUUAAAGCCCAGAUGCAUACGUUAGUAGAAGGAUGUGUACGCACUCUUCUUAUGGCGUACACCAAGGGAAAUUAUUGUGUACUCCCGGAGUACCAUAAAUGCGUACUCCCUUCUCUCACAUAAAUGAUGGGUCUCUCUAAUUAAAUUCAUGGUGGGACCCACCAUUCAUGUGAGAGGAGGGAGUACACAUUUAUGGUACUCCGGGAGUACCUAAUAAUUUUCCGUAUACCAAUCUGGGCAAAAAACAGAUUUCAUUCCUAUUUUGUUUUAUUUGCCUUAAAUGUCAUAUUUAUUAUCUUUCCUUAUCUAUUUUAUCUGCAUUAACUAUGUAUACUUGCUAUCCUAUUUGUUUCCUUUUGUGUCUCAUGUAAUAAAUGAAAAUAUUCAAAAUACUUUUUUUCUUUCAUUUCUCAUACCAAAACCUAAUACACUCUCUCUCUCUUCUCCCUCAUCCACUCUGUAAUUCUGAUUUGAAUCUAAUUAGGCAACUGAAAGUGUUAGGGAUAAAUAAGGAAACCUUUUAAUUCUUAAAAGACACAUACUUUCUAAAACUUAAAAUCAAUAGUCAAUUGAUAUCCAAUCCCUUUUGGAAAUUGGUUAACUAUUCAAACAUAAGAAAGGUAUUUAAGUAAGCUUUAUUGUAGUUAAUAUGUUUGAUUUGAAUUUAAAUGGUAACAUAAAAGUUAAUUAAAUAUCUCUUAAUUAAUCAAAUCUCUUUUAAGCCAUGUACAGUCACCAAGCCUAGAACGAUAAGUGUAAAGGUUUGUUUGUGAAGAUUACAUCCUAGCCUUACACGUGAGUGCCAUCGAGCUACGGAAGCAGUGAGUUUGGGUGAGGAGAGCUAUGCCUUUAGCAUUUCAACAGCGUGAACUCCAUAGCUGUAAGGAUCUGAAAGGAAAGAGGACACAGCCUGAUACACUAUACUGGUCACCGAGCACUAACAUGAGAGAGGUACUGAUCUUUGCCUAGUUUGGUGUUGCAUCAGCCUCCUCAUGGGUAGAACAUUGCUUGGACAGCAUAGCAGGACAAUUGUAGCUCCCUCUUAGGACAAAGCAAGUGACAAGGCUCACAAUCUUCUCUCUCUCUCUCUCUCUCUCUCUUCAUACCACCCAACGUUGUCCUCCCAGCACACUCCAUGCAACAGAUUUUUCUCACUCCAUUAGCAAGAAAAUAAGUACUGCAGGCUAGCUACCCUUAGGGUUUGAAAGUACUAAUAGGAAUUCACCAGCUAUCCUUGUAUACCAGAAAACAACCUCGUACUAUAAAAGGGAAAAGUAUACUAAGCAUCCUAGGUAUCACAAAAAACAGAACAAUGAGGUAGAAAAUGAUAGAAAGAGAAAGAUGAAUACAAAAAACACUAGAUGUGCAACAGAAAGAAUGUAAUUUCGGUUUCUAAAAUGGAAUACAAUAUCUUUGCAGGGAUAAAGAGAUGAAAUCCUUAAUCCCACUGUGGUUUUUCACCCCUCAUUCAUGGGGUUUUCCACAAAAUUCCUCUAUCUUUGUUGCUCAUUUUAAUCCUUGCUCUUCACUCUCGAUUCAAGCACAAAAACACCAUUUUUAGAAUCCUUAUAAAAAAUGAUAUUUAAAUAUACUCUUGUUGAGGUUUAGAGAUCUUCCCAAAAUACUUUCUAAAAUUUAACUUGCUCGUACACUUUUCAUGACUUCAUUGGGGAUCAAACCUAGAAUUUUUGAUUAUUUCCGCUUCAUUGGGGAUCAAAAUCCUUUUUCUUUUAAAAAAAAAGUUUUUUUUUUUUUUUUCCUAUGUUUAUUCUCAAAAAGAAAAGUUUCAACCCAAUCUUCCAGAACAAAAAACUCCCAUGUUUUCAAUCAAAAAAUAAAAGGUUUUCAUAAACCUUUAGCUCUCCCAUGCAUGCUACAUGUACAUCUCUCAUACAUGCUUCUAAUAUUUUUCUCAUGCAUUCUCUUUCACAUGUACCAUUUCUCACAUCCCUCGUAUGUGCCCCUGCAUUUCAUGCAUCGUUGUCUUUUGUCGGCUUUACAGAUAUCUUAAAUCUCGUGUUAAUGCUUGUCACAUUUGCUUACAUGCUUCAUGCAUCCUUAGUCUGUUAGCAAACUCCCUUUCAGAAGGGAAGUCUCUCAUCAUCACAAGAACGCACUCAAUAAAUCUCUACAUUACAUACGACAACUGGCUCAGUUUUCCUCUGCGUCUCGUGGUCUACAUCUCAUGCAUUUUGUCCAUGCAUCCGUGUGCUUUAUGCAUCAUAUCAUUAUCCAAUCAAUUCCAUUUUUUUUAUGCACUAUUUAUCAUGCGAUCCCACUGAUCUAAUGACUCCUACAGAAAAUAUCUUUUCAAGUCUAUGUUGUCAUCAAUCUCAUUGAUUCUACUUUAGAGCUAUAAUGCUCCAAUUUGAUUGAUUGUGUGAUGUGUGUGGGUGUGUGAUGAGUUCCACAUCAGACAUAUAAUAAGUUGAACUGGACUUUAUUAACAAUUACAAGGAGCCUCAAUUGUGACUGGUCCUUUUAAGGUAUAGCGCUUUUCCUUGGGUUGUUACAUAUGGUAUCAAAGUCGGCUUGGUAAUCUUGUGUGGGAUCAGAGACACUACACCACAAAUUGGGCUCAAAUGAGGACGUUAGGGAUUUAAGUAGGGGGAGAUUGUGAUGCCUUAAUUUGAUUGAUUAUGUGAUGUGUGUGGAUGUGUGAUGAGUCCUAUAUCGGACAUAUACUGGGUUGAACUAGGCUUUAUCAACAAUUACAAGGAGCCUUAAUUGUGACUAGUCCUUUUAAGGUAUAGCCUAUGAAGCACGGGUGCGUUUCGAGACUCGGGUGCGGGUGCGGGUGCGGGUGCGGGUGCGGGACUCGGCAAUUUUUGAAAAAAUAGGGUGCGGGUGCGGCGGGACUCGGCGAAUAAAAAAUGAUUAAAAAUAUUUUUAUUUAUAUUUUUUAUAUAUUUUUACUAUUAAAAUAUUCUUAAAAAACACAUUAAUAUACUUGAUUCACAAAAAAAAAAGAAGAAUAAGGCAAGAAACGCACCUGAGGUCUGAAAUUCGGCCUCUCCGGCGAGUUUCAAGGCCGAUUUCGGCCUGUUUCGGCCGAUUUCGGCCUGUUUCGGCCGUAUCGGCCGUAUCGGUCGCCGGCCGAUAUGUACCGAUAUGGCCGAAACAGGCCGAAAUCGGCAGAAACAGGCCGGUUCGGCGCGAAUCGAAGCCGAUUCGGCCCGAAUCGAGCCGCAUCGGCGCGAAUCGAGCCGAGUCGGCGCGAAUCUGAGAAAAAAAAAAAAAAAAAAAAGCAGACGCGGCACCGACGCGCGGUCUACCGCGUCGGACGCCGCGUCCCGCGUCGCGCCGCGUCGGACUCUGGUGCGGCGCCCUCCCAGCCGCGUCCGUGCAUUCUAGGGUAUAGCGCAGAUGUGGCUAGCGCUUUUCCUUGAGUUGUUACAUAUGGAUUGUGAUGCCCCAAUUUGAUUGAUUAUGUGAUGUGUAUGAGUGUGUGAUAAGUCACACAUCAGGCAUAUACUGGACUUUAUUAACAAUUACAAGGAGCCUCAAUUGUGACUAGUCCUUUUGAGAUAUAGUGCAGAUGUGGCCGUUUUUCCUUGGAUCGUUACAUAUGGUAUUAGAGCCGGCCCGGUAAGAUGUGGCUAGCGCUUUUCCUUGGGUUGUUACAAGAGCAAGUCAACUCUAAAUAUACAAUUUUCUCUCAAGCAUCUUGCUGGCCCUGUUUGCAUUUGGUUGUUAUUUCAGUAGAAGACAAUCAGCCUUGGUCUUGAAGCCCAGGACUUUGAGACCACCUUCUUUGGGGAACUUGUCCCUAGAGGUUGACGAGCGACACGACCAUGUCGUUUAAUUAGCUCCCUCAUUGUAUGUUUUGUUUGAGAGAAGUGUUCAAGGGUGGGGCGCGGGUAUCGGUCGGAACUACUGGAUCAUCUAUAUAGUCUUUUGACAUCGCCGUGCACAGCAACACCAAAAGAGGGGCAACUGUAAACACCCCAUUUCAUUUUAACCUAUACUCGAAUCCUCUGGUCCCAACGAUGAGACAAUCUUUCGCUAACAAAAUGAUCGGCAUCGUGUGUGGUGUCCAAUGAGGAUACAAACCUUAAAAGUGGCCUAAUAGAGCGCAAGUCCAAGCCCAAAUAUGAACAAAAAACCAAGCCUAAAAGCCCAUUUUUGACAUAAUUUGGCUAAGGCUUUCAAAAGGUGCAUACAUCAGGAAUAUGAUGCAUAUGCGCCCAAUCUAUGACGUUCACACCUUCUAGAUAGAAAGCCAAAAAUCAUUGAAUUUUCAUUUUGGCGAGAUUCUAGGGCAACCAACAUGUUCAUUUGGCUGCCUAAACGUCCCAUCAAACCCUAGAUCCUCAUUUCCCUUAAGAAUACCCCCACCUUUAUCAACCAAAGGUUCAGACACUAUGUUAAAAUCAUUUCAGAAUAUCUAAACUGAGAGUUUUAGGCUAAGAGGACAGAAAAGGCUAAGGAUUAGGUUGAUUUUCAGCCAUAUUUGGUUAGAAGAUAAUCUCUUGCUCACUUGUGUUCAAACUUAUCGUUGGUCCAAGCUUACUAGCACACCUUUUCUGGGGUUAUUCAACCACCCUAAUAGAAUUGUUUGACUCAUCCUCCCACACAAGGCUGCAGUAGUUGAUUUUAGCCAACGGGCCGGUCAAAAUAACAUCAUUAUUAAGUGAUAUGAGGAGGAGAUGUGAAUCUUUCCCAUGAUCCACACUCUUCUACUCGAUUCUUGUUUUCUUUAUAUUCUUUUUUGUUUUUAGUCUUUGAAUAUGUUAUCUUGUGCAUAACAAUCUAUUGUUUUUACUAAAAACAUGUUGGAACCCUAAUUUGCCUUAGGAUGAGUAUGUUAAGAUACUAGCUAGCUGUACUCAUUGUAUCAACACUAUAUGCAUUGUAUGAUCACUGUAUGAUGUAUUGCAUUAGUAUUGUAUUAGCAUUAGUAAUGUGGGAGUUAGUUAAUAAAGCAAUUAGUUAGUUAGUGAGGUUGUUGAGUCAGUUAGGUGAGGUGUGGCUGAUAGGUGUUGUAUAUAAGCUACAGGAUUGAAUAAUAAAGGGCAUCAAAAGGAAUUAACCAAACUUUCUCCUCUCUGAGCUUUCUUAAUCUCUCUUUCUCUGGAGGCAGUUACCCUCGAAGAAACAACCCACACUUCCCACCCUCAAUUCUUUUCCGAUUCAUCCAUUUACUCAUUUCCUUUUCUUUCUUUGAUUUUCUGAUCAACCAAACAUUUAACAUUUGGUAUCGGAGCCCUCUUUCCUGCACCAUGACUGAAACCCGUUCUUCAUCCUACAUCAAUGAAUCUAUCUCUAAUCUCAAAGUUAAUACUGACCACCAUGCCCAUUCUUUGCAAGAAUUUCCCAACAAUUGAAUGCUCAUACACAGCAGUUGAACGCCAUCAGUAUUGCUCAGCAAAAACUCAUUGAGGCCUAAGAAAAGAGACAACAACAACCUAUACCUCCUAAAUCCCUGUCUCGAUCCCCCAAUUCCCAAAUGUCACGAGCUGUUAUGUUACCACACUCAAACCUCUCAAAGAGCAUGAAACUGGAUUUUCUACGACUUAGAGAGGAGGAUCCAGCAUCUUGGGUAUACAAGGCCCACCAGUACUUUGAUUUCUACUAGACCCCAUUCAAAGAGAGGUUGUUAAUGGCUUCUUUCCACAUGGAUGGUGAUGCUUUGGUGUGGUUUCAAGAUAGUGAUGAAACAGGGAUGUUUGCCACUUGGGAGGGUUUUGUGGAUUCAUUGUUGACAAGAUUUGGAAACUUAGCAUAUGAAGACCCAAUGGAAUCCCUUACACGAUUGAGGUAGACUACUAGUGUUGUGGUUUAUAAGGGACAAUUUGAAGCUUUAUCAAAUAGAAUUAGGGUCUAGUCUGAUAGCCACAAGUUGAGUUGUUUUCUUAGUGGUCUUAAAGAUGAGGUGAGAUUGCCUGUGAAAAUGCUUAAGCCAAAGAAUCGAAAUGAAGCUUUUGGGUUGGCAAAGAUUCAGGAGGAGUACUUGAUGAGCAGUAGGAAGUUUUAGAAAUCUUUUUCACUAGAGUCCUCCAAGCCUUCAAUUCUUGGACCAAGACCUGAUGUUAAGAUGGACUCAAAGUUUAAGCUUCCACUACAGAGGUUGUCUCGUGCACAAAUGGAAGAGAGAAGGAAGGAAGGCCCUUGCUUUAAUUGUGAUGAGAAGUUUCAGGCUGAGCAUCAUUGUAAGUCUGCUAAACUCUUUUUAUUAGAAGGGCUUUAUCCAUUUCAAUGGACCAGUUCUAAUGUAGAAUUAGUAGAGCUUGAUGCCUCUGAUGUGCCCCUGUCCCAUGAUUCUGACAUGCACUUGUUACAUUCUAGAGUUGAUGAGUCUGAACCUAAAAGGUUUGAAGAAAAUAUUACGCUUUAUGCUCUCUUAGGAAGCCCCUCCCCAAGUAAAAUGAGAAUUAAGGGUAGAAUUAAUGGUCACUGGAUUGUUAUUUUAAUUGACACUGGAAGCACUCAUAAUUUUUUAGAUGCUGCCAUACUCUCUAGGUUACACUUGCCAGUUGAUCCUCCUGUCUCCUUUGAGGUUAAAGUGGCUAAUGGUGAUACCAUUAUGACCAAGGGUGCUUAUUUAGAUGUUAAGGUUGUCAUGCAAGGUUACAAUUUUAUAGUGGAUUUGAAUGUUUUACCACUAGGUGAUUGUGAGUUGGUUCUUGGAACCCAAUGGCUUAGAACUUUGGGUCUGAUUCAGUGGGACUUCUUAACUAUGUCUAUGCAAUUUCAGCAUUUUGGUAAAUCUGUUACAUUGUUUGGCAUGCACCCCACUGAUUUAACUCUUCAAAAGAGUGAUCAUUUCUUUAAAAGACUUGUCAAGAAGGGUAUUUGUCUCCAAAUUGUGUCACUGGGUUCUAGUACUACUUCACCUCAGCAACAAUGUGAUACUUUGAUUGAGAAACUAUUGAAUGAGUUUGCUUCAGUGUUUGAUACACCAUCUAGUUUGCCUCCUUGUAGAGGUCAUGAGUGCCAAAUUCUCUUAAAAGAAAGGACUGACCCAAUCUGUCAAAGGCCUUAUAGAUAUCCCCAUUUCCAAAAAACUGAGAUUGAGAAGAUAGUCAUUGAUUUGUUGGUUGCUAGUUCUAUCAGGCCUAGCCAAAGCCCUUUCUCUUCUCUAGUUUUGUUGGUAAGGAAGGCGGAAGGCAGAUGGCUCUUGGAGAAUGUGCAUUGACUAUAGAGCUUUGAACCAGGCUACAAUUAAGGACAAGUUCCCUAUACCAGUAGUUGAUGAGUUAUUGGAUGAGCUAGUUGGUUCCACCAUUUUUUCUAAACUUGAUUUAAGAUCUGGUUACCAUCAGAUUCGUAUGAAGGAAGAGGAUAUUCCAAAGACUGCUUUUAGGACACAGGAUGGUCACUAUGAGUUUUUAGUUAUGCCAUUUGGUUUGACUAAUGCCCCAUCUACUUUCCAGUACUUGAUGAAUGAUGUUUUCAGGCCUUAUUUGAGGAAAUUUGUGCUAGUCUUCUUUGAUGACAUCUUGGUUUUCAGUCCUACAAUGGAACUUCAUAUUUCUCAUCUUAGGACUGUAUUGGAGCUAUUGUUGCAUCAUCAAUUAUAUACUAAGAGAAGCAAGUGUGUCUUUGGCUGUACAAAGGUGGAAUAUCUUGGGCACAUCAUUUCAGGUUAGGGAGUUAGUGCUGAUCCUAAGAAGAUUGCAACAAUGAUGGCUUGGCCAACUCCUACUUCUAUUAAGGCAUUGAAGGGAUUUUUGGUUUUGACUGGCUAUUACAGGAAAUUUAUACAGAAUUAUGGUCAUAUUGCUGCUCCCCUUAUUGCCUUACUUAAAAAGAAUGCUUUUAUUUGGUUUGUCCAUGCUGAGGAAGCCUUCCAACAACUCAAGGCUGCUGUUAGUCAACCACCUGUUUUGGCUCUGGCUGAUUUAAUCUUCCUUUCACCAUUGAAUGUGAUGCAUCAGGCUAUGGUUUAGGGGCUGUUUUGAUGCAAAACCACAGACCAAUUGCUUAUCAUAGUCAACUUCUCAAGGGAAGAGCUUUACAGCUAUCUACUUAUGAGAAAGAGCUAUUAGCAUUGGUUACGGCAGUGCAUAAAUGGAGGCCUUACCUCUUGGGCAGACCCUUCAUUAUAAAGACUGAUCAAUAGAGUGUAAAGUAUAUUUUGGAGCAGAGAAUUGCCACUCCUGCUCAGCAGAAGUGGCUGGCCAAGUUAUUGGGUUACUUGUUUGUGGUGGAGUAUAAACAGGGGUGUGAGAACAAGUUAGCUGAUGCCUUGUCUAGAAGGGAAGAAUCUGUUUCUGAGGAUUCAUCUUCAGCUUAUCCAGCUGGUCCUGCAUCUUUGUUUUAAUCUCAUUUCCAUGUCCUUCUUGGAUCGAGGAACUUAAAGCUAGCUAUCAACAUUCUGCUGAGGUAGGGAUGAAGUCUGACCUGAAGCAAUACAUUAAGGAGUGUGCAGUGUGUCAACAGAUGAAACAUGAGACUUGUAGUCUUGCUGGAUUGCUUCAACCUCUGCCAAUUCCUGAUAAGCCAUGGUCUGCUGUUAGUAUGGACUUUAUCAGUGGUUUACCUCCUUCCCAAAGGCUAGAUACAAUUAUGGUAGUUGCUGAUAGACUCACCAAAUAUGUACAUUUCAUUGGUUUAUCUCACCCUUAUUCUGCUGCUAAAGUGGCUGCUUUGUUUGCUCAGAAUGUCUUAAAAUUACAUGGCAUGCCUACUUUUAUUGUUUCUGAUAGAGAUCCAAUGUUUACGGCCAAAUUUUGGGCUAUUUAAGCUCCAAGGGAUGCAGUUGGCUAUGUCUUCAGCAUACCACCCCCAGACUGAUGGGCAAAUUGAGGUGGUGAAUAAGUGAAUGGAGCAGUACUUAAGGUCCUUUUCUGCAGAUAGGCCUACUAAGUGGUCUGAGUGGCUGUACUUAGCUGAAUAUUAGUUUAACACCAAUUAUCAUUCAGCUACCAAAUUCACCCCAUAUGAGGCUGUGUAUGGUUUUCCUCCUCCUCGGUUGAUGGAUUAUAUACCGGGUACAACUCAGGUUGCAGCUGUGGACUCUCUUUUGUAAUCUAGAAAGUAGAUUCUUGCCUUGCUGAGACAGAAUUUGGUCACUGCACAGGCUCGGAUGAAGCAGCAAUGUGAUCUUCAUAGGACUGAAAGGGUAUUCAAUGUUGGUGAUUGGGUAUACCUCAGGUUACAACCAUACAAGUAGCAAUCAGUGACUUCUCGAGCCUCUCACAAGCUUUCCCCCUGUUUCUUUGGUCCUUUUUAGGUUCUUAAGAAGAUUGGGGAGGUAGCUUAUAGGUUGGAUCUUCUUGCGGGUUCUGCCAUACACCCUGUGUUUCAUGUGUCUUGUUUAAAAGCUAAGUUGGGGCAGUGCAAUGUCGCCAUUCCUCUGUUACCAUCAAUCAAUUCCCAAGGUAUCCUCACUCCUGAGCCCAUGGCCAUUCUACAGACCAGAUCUCAUAGACUCCACAAUAGGACUAUCACUCAGCAUCUUGUUCAGUGGCAAGGUGGCUCUGCAGAUGAUGCUACUUAGGAGGAUCUGUUUUGUCUUCAAUAGCAAUUCCCUCAUCUUGUGGGCAAGAUGUUUUGAAGGAGGGGAGUGUUGUUAAGAUACUAGCUAGCUGUACUCACUGUAUCAACACUGUAUGAUCACUGUAUGCACUGUAUGAUGUAUUACAUUAGUAAUGUGGGAGUUAGUUAAUAAAGCAAUUAGUUAGUUAGUGUAGUUAAUAAAGCAAUUAGUUAGUGAGAUUGUUGAGUCAGUUAGGUGAGGUGUGGUUGAAAAGUGUUGUAUAUAAGCUACAAGAUUGAAUAAUAAAGGGCAUCAAAAGGAAUUAACCAAACUUUCUCCUCUCUGAGCUUUCUUAAUCUCUCUUUCUCUGGAGGCAGUUACCUUCGAAGUAACAACCCACACUUCCCACCCUCAAUUCUUUUCCGAUUCAUCCAUUUACUCAUUUCCUUUUCUUUCUUUGAUUUUCUGAUCAACCAAACGUUUAACAGAGUACGCAUUUGGCAAGAUGUGUACGCAUCCUUUAAAUGGUUAAGGUUCAUCUUUUGGUCUAUCUUCUAGGAAUCUGGCUUGAAGUCCAGAUGUGUAUGCCGGUAGAAGGAUGUGUACGCACUCUUCUUAUUGCUUACGCUAGUCUAGGUAGAAACUAGAUUUCAUUCCUAUGUUUUUUAUUUGCUUUAAAUUCCAUAUUUAUUAUCUUUCCUUAUUGGUUUUAUCUACUUUGACUAUGUAUAUUUGCUGUCUUGUUUGUUUCCUUUUGUGUCUCAUGUAAUAAAUGCAAAAUAUUAAAAAUACUUUUUUUCCCCUUUCUCAUACCAAACCUUGAUUCACUCUCUCUCUUCUCUCUCAUCUACUUUUUAAUUCUGAUUUGAGUCUAUUAAUGUAACUAAGGGUCUGUUUGGAUACAACUUAUUUUUGCUGAAAUUGAAAAUUGAAAACACUGUAGCAACAUAAUUUUUAAAUGUGAAUGAUACCGUGGGACCCAUUUUUAAUAUUUUUUUUUGAAUAAAGUGACUGUGGGUCCCAUGAACAGUGCAUGAACAGUACAUAAACAGUACCGGAACAGUAUGAAACAGUACGGGAACAGUGAAUUUUGUCCCCUUUGAAACGCGUGCAGCAAGAAAAAAAAAAGAGGAGAAAAAUGCAAACGCAAAACUCAAACGUGGAUCCAAACCCACACUAAAAGUCUUAAAAAUAAAUAAGGAAGCCUUUUAAUUCUUAAAAGACAAAUACUUUCUAAAACUUAAAGUCAAUAGUCAAUUGAUAUCCAAUCCCUUUUGGAAAUUGGUUGACUAUUCAAACAUAAGGAAGGUAUCUUAAUAAGCUUUAACGUAAUUAAGAUGUUUGAUUUGAACUUAAAUGGUAACAUGAAAGUCAGUUAAAUCUAGUUGAGCAACGAUAUAUGAAGGCUGACUAUGACUGGACAAGCUUGGGGUGCCUAACAUCUUCCCACCAUGUACCCUAACUUCGGACCAAGUCUAGUAAAAAGACCUUUAUGGAGUCAUGUUUUGGUUCCUGGACUUAUAACCAAAUGACAACUUCAUCAUCUCCUUUUAAGAAGCUUUGUGUAGUCCCAGGUUUCCACUGACUUUGAGUCUAAAACCGUUUUUCAAGGAAAUUAAGUACCGCGCACCCUACCUUCACAAGAAGAAAUCAACAUGCCGAUGUGUCACAAAUGGGGGUACAAACCACAGAACUUACAUGCAUAAUCCUCACUACGUGAUUUUGUAUAGCGCUUUGUUUUAGAGUUUGCUAAUGAUAGUAAACUCUCUCUCUCUCUCUCUCUCUCUCUCUCACAUCUUAAGGGUAAUAUUCCUUAAAUAUUGCAUUUUUUUUCUUUGACUAGUUUAUUAUCCAUUGAUGAAUAUAUAAAAAUUUAUGGACCACUGAUUGUUAAGAAUUAAGAAGACAAUCCAUCUUCUUUGUUUGGGAUCCUUUUAUUUUGCUGAAACUGAAAACUUUUGCUGAAAGUACUGUAGAUAAAGAUAAAAGUUAGCUGAAAUAGUAUAAUGGGAUUCAUGAAUAGUACCAAAAAAUGCAGUGGAACCCAUAAAUAGUAGCAAAAAUAAGUUGAAUAGUAAAAUAAAUUGGCAAAAUUAAUCAUGCCAAACGGACACUAAAUCACCACGUUCUACAAUCAAUUUACAUGAGGAUUGUUCAUUAAAAUAUCUAUUGAUAGUUUACUCUCCAACAAAUCAGAUUUAACUGGAUACAUUUUUUGUUUUAUAUUUUUUCCUUUUAAAGAAAAAAUUAAUCACCAAACAUGGAAUUCUGUCUCCAAAAUUAAGUAUCUCCUUUAUCUCUAAUUUUAUUGCUGGUGCU